AAAUUGCCGACAGCUCUCUACGUAACUCCCCACAGUUUCUCUCACUUUCCCGAGAAAAUUUUUACUAGAUCUCGGGAUUCAGAAUUCUCAGCUCCUGAACAGCAUGAAGAAACCAGGAUUCUUAGCCGCAUCCAUGGCAGCAGCUUCUGCCAGUGCCGUCUCUGCUUCCUCAUCUAAGAGUCAAGGUUCUCGUGAGGAUUCUGAUUCGAGGAAAAACAGCGGAAAUUCUUCACCGGUUUCUUCGGAAAAAUUUGCGCCGAGAUUCGAUGGAUUGAGGUUUAUUGAGACCCUGGUGACAGCUCACAGAUAAAGCUUGAUUUUCAAGGCUAGGCCCCAUAAUUAUUGGGUUAAUCUUUUUUGUCUUUAUUAAUUGUAGAAGUGUUCACAGAAAAGAAAGAACAUGGGAAGCUUCGAAGUUUUGGUCAGUUUGUUAGUUGGAGAGAUGAAUUGUACUGUAUCUGUUAUAUGGGUAUUUUUUUUUUAAUUGAUCAUUUUUCGUCCGAUUAACUUUUCGGUAUCGUAUAUAUAUUUUUUUUUUCUCAAAAAAAAGCUUGACAAUUUGUAAAGAUUUGAGGCAUUAGACAUGCUACUAUUUUAUUUUAAUUUAUUAUUUUUUGUAAUUAAAUAUCUCUGAUAAAUCAAAAUCCUUGAUCCAAAAACUAUUUAGAGAUAGAGCGGCAUCUAAUUUAAUGACUUAAUUUGUUAUCAUCUUUAAAUUGAUCGUAGGUCUUAUCAAAUAUUAAAAUUUGGUGUUGAUUCAAUGAUUUUAUUGAAAUUACAUCAUUAGAUUAAUAAAUUAUGUCAGAUUUUUAAGUUCAAAUAACAUUACUCUUAUAAAUAUAUUAACGAUCUCUAUUUUGUUUUGGUAUCGUAGUGUUAUCAGAUAGAGAGAUUUUUUUUUUUUGAGUCAACGGUUAAAGGGUGUUUUAGUUAGUGUAUAUACAUUUCGAUUAAUUUUUUCUCUAAUUUGAUUAAAAAAGACUAUUUAUAUUAGUGUUAGAAUAUUCAUUGGGGGAUAAAUUUUUUUCGUGACUUGACCAUAAAAGAUUGUCAAGAUUUGAAUUCAUAGCAUCUGAGUUUGUAAUCAGAGAUUUUUUAUGAG